GCUUUGUUUACAUUUUCAAUUGACAUCCAUUAUAUAUCAGCGUACACGAAGUACUCUGCAUCUACAUAAUAAGACUUUUCCAUAACAACAUGGCGGACUUCACUCUUUGGUGGAAAAAUACAGUGGAAUUUAUGGGAAUAUACAACAGUUAAAUGUGCGUAAUAAGUUGGCUAUUCUGGGUGGCUUUAAUAGGCAAAUUCGAUAAUUGAUUUCACCAAUGAUUUCACACUUACUAUGAAUUAAACGACACUUUCGUGUCAGAACCUGAAGUGGCAAAUAUGGGACGCAUCCUGUUUAUAUUUACACAAAGUCGUUGGUCUCAUUGUGAAUAUGUUCAAAAUAAUAUGGCGACAAACACCUGGUAUUCGAUAUUAUUUUGUUGCUCUCAAAAUUUAAUACCGCGUCGUAUGCAUGGAAGUGUGGUUUACGCUAGAGCAACGAGAUAACAAUGAGUUCAUCCAAACAUCUGAAAACCCGUUUACGGACAAGAUAACGGCUUGUAAGUGUAAACCCAGCAGGUUUAUGUGUUUACGAGAAAGGGGUCGUAAUGCGUGUCCGUGUAAAAACGCUGGACAUUCCUGUUCUUCUGCGUGCUAUGGGCAAGAGAACAAAGACUGCCUGAACAGAAUGCAACUAUUGGAUGGGGAUUUCUCUUCAUCUUCUGAAGAUUCUCUGGACCAAGAAUCAUCAGAUGAGAUGUUUCAACCUCCUGAGCCAAAACGUAAAAGGGGUACAAGAGGUAGACCAUCAAGUCGUGGGCAUUCAAGGGGUUCAACAGCUUCUAGAGGUCGAGCAAGGCAACCCAGAAGAGCCCGUGUGUCAACAAGAGGUGGAAGAGGGCGUGGUAGAUUAGUGGCUGAAGAAAAUUCAGAUGAAAGGCAGGUUCAGCAUGAAGAGCAGAUACAGGAACUCAUAAGUGGCCUAAAUGAGGAAGCAGUUAGACGCUUGGCUGUUGAACUGCUAAGACGACAACCUGCAAUGUUUGCUGAUUUAGUAAAUGGUGAGUUACCAAACCCAGGUGCACCAGUAAACCAAGGACCACCAGAGGACCCAGGACCACCAGAAGACCCAGGACCACCAGAAGAUGACAAUAAUUCACCUGAUUGGUGUAAGUGUGGUUUGUGUGUAGCUAUGCCAACACAAGCUGAAAACAAAUGUUGCACACAAAGUGUUCGGCCAUGUAUAACAACAAGCCCAUUAUUCUACCAAAUUGUCUUGGAUGGGAACAUAUUAGAUGUGGCAAUGAGGUACAGGGAGGAUAUGUUGGCAAUGGAACAUCCCCAGGAUAAUGAGAACUUUCGGCAUACAGCAUACAGGCAAUUUGUUCUUUGGCAACAUGGUAGACUUGGACAAGGUAACAGGAGAGUUGUCCCAAGUUGCUGUGUGAAGGCAAUCAGGAAUCGUUACCCGUCACCUAAUGGUGUUUAUGUAGGCUUCAGGCCAGCAAGAUUAUAGAUUAUAAAUAAUUGAAAUUAAAUACAAAACAUUUUGCAUGCAUAUAUAGUUUGUAUAUACUGUGUACAUUCCUAUCUCAGUAUCAGUUUCUACCAGUAUCAAUAUUGCAUGGUAUUGGAAUUUGGACAGCAUAAAAUAGUAAGUACACAUUGCACACAUAAUUAUGUAUAAGUAAACAAGAGUAAAAAUAAUUUAAUAGUUAUAUGGGACAAUCGGUGACAGCGAUUCUGCAGGGAGCAAUGUUGACUCAGGUACAUGUAGGAAGGAACUAUUGUCUGUCUGUGUUUCCGCGUCGCUAAAUAUGCAAAACAUGAGGUUAAUUAAAUUGACUAUUGAAUUGGGGUCAAAGAAGGCCGAAGCAUAUAUAGCAUUAUCAAUAGUAUAAACAUACUAUUAUUACAUACUAUUUUC